AUGUCCGAAGAUGAAAUCAAUUAUAAAAUUGCCAGCAUCUUAAAAGAAACUGACGAACAAGACUUCGGGGCGUUCUACUUAAGAGAGAGGCCUGCAGAGUCUCCUGCUCCUCCUCCCGCUCCUGCGAGGGCCAGACGGGUCAGCAGCUCGAGCGGGACUCCCCGCACAUCUCGACGAUCUUCUCGGGUGUCCUUCAAACUCCCCAGUCCCCAGCUUCAUCAUCCUUCGGCUAAAGUUGAAACGCUAAAUUUGGCUGACUACAUGGAGGAAGUUUUAAUUUUACGCCAAAUAACUGAGGAAUACAACCAUUUGGUGUCUGUUUUUGACAGCGACGACACCGAUAUGGAUGGCUACGUGAUAUCGGCUCUCCUAAGCAGUGCUGGGCUAGAAACACCAUUGAGUGUGUUAAAUACUGAACAGCUGGAGGUCACGAUUCGCCUAAACCGAGCUGAUAUAGCGAAGGAAAAAAUCUUCACUGAAGGCCGUCACUGGAAGCGACAUGAUUUGGACAGUUUCAUGUUUGACGCAAUACUUAAUGACCAAGAGGCAUUUGUCAGCCUCUUUGUGGAAAAUGGUUUCGAUUUGGAAGCAUUUCUAACCGUCCACACACUUGAGAAACUUUACACAGCAAGCAUUCAAAAGAAGGACUCCAAACUUGAAACAAUACGUCGGAUCUGGGAAACGUGUCGCAUCUAUAAAAUGGAUUGGGUAAUGCUUCGCGAUGUCGGGCGCAUGGUCAAGCAUCUUCUUGGCGAAUUCUAUCGUCCGUACUAUUUAAGUAAACAUUUUCGAAAGAUGAUCAAGAGGGCAGUAGUUCGACAUGAAGCGGAGGAGAAAGAGGUACCAAUUGCUGUAAAUCCAUGGAUAAGCAAGAAGAGCUCUUACUUUGCACCGCUGAGCCCAGAACAUGGCACGCAACAUGAACAAACCUCAGAAACACAUUUAUCAUACGUUGCGAUUCCACACGGUGCUGAAGCAAGUUUUUCUGAGGCAAAUAGCGCCAUAGAGGUCCCUGAAAGAAAGCCUUCUGGGAUCGUCACGCAGGGCCCUCGGUGUUACCGAAAAAUUGGUGUUGUCGUGCCACUUGAAAAUGGUCAAGAGACCUGUGUACCUCCACCAAGACGAAAGCAUUAUCAUGAAGAUGAUGAUGGAAAAGGCUCGCGUCUUUUUGUGCCCGUGAGUGAUAACAAAAUCAACUCUAACGGCGCAAGCUUCUGGUCAAAGGCUCCUGUUGUCCAUGAGGAAGACUUUGAUGUGACUUCGCGAUCAAAAAGUAAACAGGUUAAACCCAAGCGAACGGGUGGUCAUGUAAAUAUUGCAUUCAAGGAGUCUCAGUUUGAAAUCAAAAAUUUGUGUGAACAACCAAUGGCAGAACACACGGAACAGAUGGAAAAGCGGCAGUCAAUUAACGCAGACCCACCGUCAUCGACAUCGAUGGAUGACACUCUGUCGGCGCUACGUAAGUCGAGCUUUGCGGGACGCCACAGAGGGCACCACCGAAUGACCGUGUCUAAGCUAUCCGCGGCCGAACGCAGUCGCCUGCGCUCUGCGGAGGCGCGACGACGCGAAGCCGUCAAGGCGGAGGAGAGCGAGAGAAGGCGGCGACAUCGGUUGGCACAAGACAAACGGAGUCUUUACGAACGCCUUCGAGGAAUUAACAUUAACCAACGUUUUGCAGCAAUGCAGAAAGUUCGUCUUGAACGUCCAGCAAGAGAGUUGAUGCUCUUGUGUAUCCUGCUUGGAAAGCUGAAACUCGCAGUUCUUUUUUGGGGUUAUGAAAAGGAACCGAUCGGUGGCGCAAUGUUCUGCACCCUCCUUUUAAGCAAGCUCGCUGCAGUCUGUACCGACAUCUCCCAAAAGUUGGAGUUUGAACGCUACGCAAGAAUAUUUGAAGGAAAGGCAGAAGAGGUGUUGGAGGCCUGUUAUGCGGAAGACAACGAGCGGGCAAAGAUGCUGCUGUUUCGCAAGUUACAAGAGUACGGUCAUAGUGCAGUGAUUAGGCUGGCUGCCCGAGGUGGCUGCAUUCACUUCAUGUCACAUCCCUGCUGUCAGGACUUCCUUUCUGAGGUCUGGAUGGGAAAACUUUCUUCAAAGACCACAACAUUCCAGCUGCUAUGUGGUGCCGUUUUUGGUCUCCUAUUUCCAUUUAUCCUGCCUCAGGUGAUGCCCUACGCGCGCAACGACUCCCAGAAGUCCCUCCUACAUGUUGAAGAUUCAAGCUCCAGUGAUAUGGAAGCUAGCGAUCACACCGAGGAUGAAGUUACAUUUUCCAGUGAGCUUGAUUACAAGGGGAACCGAAAGAGGCGCAAGCCUCCUCCAUCACUGUUCAAAACACCUCGACGAUGGUUUAACCGGCAGAUUAAGGAUAUUACGCAGUACUAUCACGCACCCGUUACACGUUUCCUCUACAAUACCAUAUUCUACGUCGCAUUUUUGGUUUCCUUCAGUAACAUGAUCCUGCAAAACUUGAGCAUCUCAUAUACAAUUCAAGAAGGCCUUAUUUUCAUAAUGGUUCUGGCACUAUUGCUCGAAGAACUCAAGCAGGCCUUUGGUCCAGGGGCCAGUUUGAAGGAGUAUCUCGGCGAUGGAUGGAAUAAACUCGACUGCAUAGCCAUUAUCUUCUACCUUGGGGGUUUCGUGCUUCGCAGUCUAGCGUACGUGCAAGUACGUGAUGUCGACAUUGUUGACGCUAGAAGGCUUCUUAAUGCCACUUGGGAUAACACCACAUGUGCAUCAAAGAAUUCAACCCCAAUGUCACCCUUUUCAGAGGAACCUGAAGUACAUUUGGGCAGUCUGCCAAAGUGGGCAGCAUUGCCAGGGCUGCGCACUCCUUCCUCUGUCCUUGUGGAUUACACAAACCUGUGUGCACAUGACCUCACUGUUGAUCAUCCCUACUUCCUCCUGAUGGAAGAAAGAUUCACCCUUGCUCGUGUUAUGUUUGCACUCAGCCUUUUCGCUUUCUUUGUCCGACUUAUGUACAUUUUCAGCUUUAGCAUCGUGCUAGGACCGAAGCUUAUUAUGAUCAAUCGGAUGGUGGUGAACGACCUUCUACCAUUCCUGUUGCUCUUAGUCGUGAUCCAGGCAGGUUACGGAGUCUCUUCCUUUGUCAUUUCUUAUCCUAAUGGCUACUACACACACUACUCAGAGAAGACGUUAUCCCGGAACAUGACAAUGAAAAGCAUGACGGCGGGCAAGAUCGUCUACGAGUUCUUUAUGACAGCCUACUUUCAGAUGUUGGGUAAUUUUGGCCUGGAUAUCCUCGAAGGCGAAGAUAGUGGAUGCAGAGAUGGUGAUUUGUGUCCCCAAUUUUCAUCCAGAAAGUUGUCCAUCGUCAGUUUGAGCUUUUUCAUUCUCUUGACGCAACUACUCAUGAUAAAUCUCCUCGUUGCUACAUUUACAUCUACCUAUUUUGAAAUAGAAGGAUCAUCGACAUACUUUUGGAGCUACCAGCGCUAUGAGAUGAUACAGGAAUGUGUGGACCGCCCAUCUGUUGCACCGCCAUUCACACUUUUGUGGUACAUAGGGGAGUUAUUGUACGCAGCCAUUCAACGCCUCCUGGUUUUUUUUCCUGGGUUGGAUGAUUUUGAACCUGAGAUCGCUGACGACCCAUUUUGUCGGAAUUUCAGCGGCAACUAUUCACUAGAAUCAAAGCUAAUGAAAUGGGAGUUUAUGAAGGCCCAGAACGUGCUUCGUUCCCAGAUGGAUUCUGACCUACCUGGUUCACGCCGAAGCGAAAGCUCGAGGUCCACGAUUAUCACAAGAGGUUUGAAGAGUGCCGCUGGAAUGGCGGGGGGUGGCGGCGGUGGCACCACUGGGGCCGGGAAUAAGCGUGGCAGCUCCAUUGCGGGUCUGGGACUUGGCGACCGCCUCUUGGAGGAUCUGUCCACCAUCUUCGGACCCGACACUGACUUCAUCGAGGGAAGGUUCUAUGCCCUCAGUUCACAGGUGGAAAAAAUGUCGAAUUUUGAGGAUCGCCUGGAGAGAAUAGUAAUGAAAAGCCUGAGUGGUCCAGGUGAACGGCGAUUGGUUGGUGCCCGCAGAAACCACAGCCCAGAGAAAAAGCAAAUAACCAGCCAAAGCAUUGAUAAUGUCAUUAGAAAAGCUAUUGAAGGCUUAUCCGAACAUUGCCAGGAUAUUGAAGGAAAGAUUGAAGAAAAGCUUCGGAUCGAGGGCCUCUGCGUAAAGGCUGUGUUAGCUAACUCAUAUCCUUCCGAAAUUCCCCCAGACCACGUAGCAGUUCCAACGAUGACACAAACUGGACCUCCUUCCCGAAGGCCUGAAGCCAUGCCGCCCAGUGGCGGUCUUUACGAACGAGUUAUCUUCAGCCAUCGCCUGUGGCGUCUCGUUCCCUUCAAUUUUGAACGACGCCCAGGCAUGCGUGUGAACAUUCCUGACGAUCUCAGCAGUUGGAAAGUUCCUUAUCCGGAGUACAGACCGUUCAUUUCAAAAUCAGAAAGGAUUGCUUUCCCGUACCCUGAAGCUGAAGAUGGUCCCCAAAUUGAUCCGACAAAGCUCCAAUACAACACCUACGAUGCAGUGCAGGGUGUUUCGCGGUGUGGCCUACAUGAGAGGGUUCAUGUGUCACGUGGGCUUCAGUGCGCUCGGGGCCUUCCCCUUAACCCUCGAGGUCGAUCUGGGCUAGGGGGUAAAGGACUGCUCCCGCAUUGGGGCCCCAAUCACGUGAUUGUUUUAGCUCUCACACGGGAGGGCACAUCGCCGAACGAUUUCGAGGUUAUUAUGCUUGAAAGGGGUCAGUGCUCCUGCCUACCAUGGAUAAGCGACGACUUCUUAGAUGACCAGUUAAAUGCUGAUCACGCGUGGAUUGAAGCGGUGUGCAUCAAUUUUCAUGGACGUGGGGAUGCUGCUUUCGAUACAGCAUCAACAAAGCUCUUUCUGGAGACUUCGUCAUCUGAAUCGGCGCGGUGGUUCGACUUCAAGGGACCAGUUCGCCUUCGGCCGAGCCACGAGUCUCUGUUGAUUGGACUGUUGCAAAAGCACCAUAAAAUAUAG